CACUUUCUUAACUCCAUCACCCGUGAGCAGAUGCUUCCAUCCACCUCCCAUCCAUUCACCACACAAGCACCACUCAAACACACCAAGCAGGUGACUUGGCUUACUGGCUGCCAGGGUGUAUGAGCCAAAAACGCGUAUGCCACUUAGCACGAAGAACCUCGAAAUGCUGCCUGCCUUGGAGCAGGGCACUAGAUGCUAGGUUUAGCUUCAUCUUAAUUCUGACUGCGUGGACUGAGCCAUUAAUUAAUACUGACGGAGCAGAUCAGUACCUGGAUCUUCUGGAUCCACCCCUAGAAUGGAUCAGGAACAUAGCGUGCCAUUACAAGCAUAAGGCAGACUUGCGAAAGCAGGCGUAUCUCAAGGUUGCCAUCUGUUUCAUAGCCCGUCAACGCAGACUAAUCUACUGAAAUUGACAGGAGCCCGAGGAUCCUUUGGAGCAGACGAUCGGUCAGAUCAGCGUCUUGACACUCUCUUGGCCGAGCGGUCUCCGCUCGUCAGAAACCUCCGUACCGUAUCGGCUUGAUCACGUGUUCUAAGGGGAUUAAGGGGAUU